AUGCGGUGUUUUGUUGUUGUUGCCCUUGUGGCAGCAAUCUUUACUUUACUUGUCCAAGCCCAGUCUGAUGGACUCAAAGUGACCGCAACCAGAACCCUGGACGUCUCAUCGCAGAUUGUAAAAUCUACAGUUGAUCUACAAAUUGUUAACGGUGGCAAGAGUUCAGUUUCCUCAAUCCUCUAUUCUCUCAGUGAAUCAGAAGCAGCUAAAUUAAGCUGGAUUCAAGCCAAUGCCGAAAAAAAGGAUGGAAAGAAGCUCAAGAUCCAAAGUACUCAAGGUGCUGGAACACCGAAAGGGCAAGUCGUCUUCAAGAUUGAGCUACCCGCUCCUUUGGCAGUCGGUCAAACUACCAAUGUUCUUGUUCGAGCUCAGAUCACGCAGGCAUUGAGGCCAUUCCCUGCCAAGAUCUCUCAAUCCGAAAAUCAGUGAGUAUUGGAAUUUACGUUUUUAUUCGCUUUUAGGUUUGUCGUCUAUUCUGGAAAUGCUCUUCUCGGCCUUCCAUAUGUUGUCGAGAAAGAGACGACUACUAUCAAGUACGGAAGUGGGAAGUUGAUCGAAUUUACCGCAGUUGAGCCUGCCAAGCAGAACGGCGGUUCUAUUGUUUAUGGUCCUUACUCUAAUACGCCAGCUAAUGCUAUUGUAAGUAAAUGUUUUCUGAAUUUAUUGAAUCUUUUUAGAAGCCUAUCACGGUUCAUUAUGAAAACAAUUCUCCCUUUUUGGUUGUGAAGUCAUUGGAGCGUUGGAUCGAGGUCUCUCAUUGGGGAAACAUUGCCAUUGAGGAACAGAUUGUUAUCGAACAUCAUGGCGCUGAACUGGUUGGAGAAUUCUCUCGGCUUGACUAUCAAAUGGACAGACGUGGAGCCAGACAACCAGUAGUAAAGUCAUUCAAGGUAUGUGAAGCUUAUUUCUAUAUAACUAUCGAUUUAGACUCAUCUGCCAGUUUCUGCCCGUGACAUCUACUACAGAGAUCAAAUUGGAAACAUCUCUACUUCUACCGUUACGAAGAGAGCUAACAAAGUGGAGAUCGAGUUGAAGCCUCGUUUCCCAUUAUUCGGGGGAUGGAAGACCGAUUAUGUUAUUGGAUAUAAUGUCCCAUCGAUGACUUUCCUUUACAACAAGGGUAAUGACUAUGCUCUGAAAGUCCCUUUCAUCGAUCAUGUCUUUGAUAAUGCUGUUAUUGAGAAGGCUGUCGUCAAGAUUGUUUUGCCAGAAGCUAGCAGGUAUGUUCUCAUACGCCUUUCUCUAUUCUGUGCCCUGGUUUAGUAACAUCAAAGUUGUGAAUCCGUUCGAUCUCACCAGGAAGCCCGAUGAGGUCCACAAGACUUAUCUCGAUACUACUGGAAGAACUGUGAUUGUGUUCGAGAAGGAGAACCUCAUCGACAGUCACAGCCAGGCAGUCACUGUAAGUGUUUAUGAUCUUCGUUUUCUUUGUUUGGUAUAAUUGCCCACCAAACUACGACUUUCGAAGCAUUUUGGCGGGACUACAACUUGCUUUUAGGUCUACUACGAAUUUGAACGGUACCUGCUGUUGAGAGAACCUUUGAUCGCCGUGGUCUUCUUCUCUGUAAUCUUCGUCACUUUCAUCUUACUCUCGUGGUGUAACUUCUCCAUUAAAGUAAGUAAAUCAGUAUGUUUUAUUUAUCUGAAUGGUUUCUAAUGUCGUGUGUUAUUUUUAGGACAAGCCUGAAGUUCACCAGAAGAAAGAAUGA